UAAUAGAUCCUUAUUCCUUUUUCAACAGGUUCAUGUUCGUCUUUGGAUAUGUGCUGGCCAAAUGACCUGUGUAUGCGGUGCAGCAAUACGAGAGGGAAAAGACGUCAUAGUUAUAUCUAUGUGUAACAAAAUGAAAGAUUCAGUGCCUACAAUACUAAGGACUCUCAAACGAAGUCCUGGAAGUCUAUCGAAAGGAAUACAAAUCACUAAGAAGAUCAGUGGUUCAUCAUUGGAGCAGGAGGUAAUUCUGUCUUCGGGUAUCAGAGUCUAAGUGGAACGUUCUGGAAGGUCACUGGAUGUUCGUAUCAAUGCACCAUCUACUGACUAGGGAAAAGUCUUGGGGCUUUGUCUUUGUCACUUUAAUGACGAUCCGGAAGACGAUUGGAACAAAGGAGGUGAUGAUAAAGCUCAUGAUGAUAAAAAACAAUUUUCAGCAAGCUGGCGUCUUAAAGAAGGGAAGAGCUUUUUUGAGGUUCUCCCUGAACAAGAACUUCAAGAACAAGUUGAACAAGGAAGAUCCUGCUAUUGUGGCAUCGAAGGUGAAACAAAACAGGAUGAAAGAUGUGAUGACAACGCAAACCUUUUCACAAGAAUCGACGCUACUCAGAUAGAAGUACUUAAUACUCAAAUAAAUGACCAAUCACAGUUUGGUAUGAAAAGAUCUGUAGACAGUCACUGGUAUAGUGAUGACAUCAUUGAUCACGUGGAACGUAGCUACUAUGUGGAUGAUCCUCAUGUACAACUCGCUGUAAACCGCAUACGAAACAAGAGAUCACCAAGAGAAGUCAUAUCAGAAGAUGAGGCAACUCAGUAUUGUAAAACACAAAUUGAAGAAACAAAAGCAGGAAAGGCAUGCAAUGAGAUCUCAGGAACCAACUUGAAAAAUGCAAUGAUACAGUGUGUUAACGACUUAAAGACAUUUGCAGUGUUGGCAUUUGASACCAUGAAGUACAUAUGUGAAGAUACCACAUUAAAGAACCUUUCACUCUACACUCAUACUGCAAGUGGUGACUUAAUGCCUCCCAGAGAGGUAGUAAAAGACUUGUGUCCUGCAGACUGUACUGGACGUGGCAAGUGUAAGAACAGAACCUGUAUAUGUGACGAAGGCUAUACUGCACUGGACUGUUCCAUGCAGAUUAAUUCAGUUCYUGAGUUGCUGGGAAUUUACGAUGGUGGACUCUGUGAUAUACGAGAACGACCGUGUAAAAAGACAAAUAUCUUGGGCCAGAACUUUAUCAAAUCUGAGAACCUAACAUGCCAUAUACAUGAAGUAAAAGUUUACCCAGGUACCUGGUCUCCUCGUGGAAUUCCUGUCACAUCACAAGGGAAAAUGACGGAUCUGUUUGGUGUUCAGUGCAAUCUGCCUGAGCCACCGACUAGACUUGGUGACUACAAACACGGGGGUACCCCUGCUGGGGGACUUUUGAUCUCGGUUUCUAAUGAUGGGUUCAAUACAAGUGUUCAACGACUGCGUCAUGUGACUUACGACUCAAAGUGCAUGAACUGCAGCAAAUCAGGGAGAUGUGAAGUUAAAAACAAUUCCUGUUUAAUAAAUGGACAUUGUUUUGCUGCAAAUGAACCCAACCCACGUGACUGGUGCCAGCAGUGCUUACCCCAUGCUGACCAAAUUGCUUGGACAAGUAGAAAAAACAAUCAAGUUCCCAGGUUUCCUUCAAAAACCACGUAUUUUGCCUUACAAGGAGAAGGACUCGUGAUCCAACUGAAAGCAACAGACUCCGAUAACCGUCCCCUAACAUACUCUGUACUCAGUUCUACAGCUACUGGAUUUACACUCAGUCUUUCUGGUUUAUUCACGUGGAAGGUGACAUCCAAUCAGAAUAAAAAGUUUACCUUUCAAGUGACUGACGAGUGUGGCGCGUUUGAUAUAAUACAUGUGAGAGUACGUAUAGUACAAUGUCCAUGCCUCAAUGGUGGCAAAUGUGUACCCCACCCCUACCACCCACGGGGAUCUGGAUCAUACCAAUGUCAAUGUCCCAGAGGAACCGGUGGAGAACGGUGCCUGAAAGUUUGUUCCGGGUCUGAAUGUCCUCGUGGUCUCGCAGUAAAACCUAUAGGGACAACAAAACUGGAAGUGAAAUGGCACGAACCUAAAGACUUACAGUCUGUGGAUUAUUAUUGGCUAAAGAAAUUCAAGAAAAUUUAUCACAAGUUGUGACGUCAUUUUGUUUACAAGUCUCCAGAUUUAGUUGCAAAUACAUGAUGUMUAGAAUCUUAGUUUUAGAGAGGACACUUUUCAGUUUCUCAACAUUUGAAGAGUAACACGAAAGCUAUGAA